AUGUCAAACACAAUUAUAAAGCUUGAGAAUGCCCUAUUCAAGGGACUUUCCACUGCAAAGGGAUCUCCAUCAGUUUUCCAUAACCCAAUAUCUUUAGAGAUCAAGACUAAUGAAAGAUGGGCUAUAAUAGGAACUUAUAAAGCACAAAUGAUGAAAGUAUUAGCAUCUCAAUAUAUGCCAGAACCAGCAUUAUCUAGGACAUACCCUUUUUUAAAUAAAUCAAUUUGGCCUCAAUCAGCUAUUCAAUUUUUAGAAUUUAAAGGUGCAUUACCAACAGCUCAUUUAGCUGCAAGAUAUGAAUUUUUUAAAGAUGAAUUUGAUGAAACUACAAAGAAAUUUGUUAUUGGUAAUGUUAAUAAUAAUUCAAGAAUUAUAAAUGAAGAUUUAGUUCAUGAAGUUUUCGAAAAAUUAAAAUUACAAGGUUUAGAGAACAGAUGGGUUAUGGGAUUAAGUAAUGGACAAACAAGAAGAGCAAGAUUAGCAAGAGCGUUAGUUCGUGAACCAAAAUUAUUAUUAGUUGAUGAUCCAUUCUUAGGGUUAGAUCCAACUGCUACAAGUGUUGUUAGUGAAGUUUUAGGUUCAUUAGCUCCAAAUCCUCAUGUUGUUUUGGGGUUACGUUAUCAAGAUGAAAUACCUGAUUGGAUUACUCAUAUUGCAGUUGUUGAUGAAACUGGUAUAAUAACCCAAGGUGAAAAAUCUCAAAUUAAAGAUCAAUUAGAGGAGUUAAAAUCAAAGGAUUUACAAUUAAAACAAGAACAAUUAUCAUUUAACAAAGAAAAAUUAGAGAAUAUUAAAAAAUUAUUCCAAAAAGAUGGUAAAAUAGACUAUUCUAUCCCAUUAUUAGAAUUUAAUGAUAUUUCAGUUGCAUAUAGAGGCCAACCAGUUAUUGAAAAUUUAAAUUGGAAAGUUCAUCAUGGAGAAAGAUGGCAUGUUAGAGGUGAUAACGGUACAGGAAAAUCCACAUUAUUAGCAUUAAUAACAGCUGAACAUCCACAAUCAUGGAAUUCAAAGAUAAUAAUGAAUGGUGAACCUCGUGAAACUGGGAGACAUAAUUUCUUUGAUAUAAAUGAAAACAUUGGAUUUGCUUCACCUGAAUUACACGUUGUUUUCCCUCAGUCAUUAACAGCAUAUGAAGCUAUAUCAACAGGUUAUUUAGUUUCAAGUUUUGUACCACCAAAGAAUUUAUCACAAGAAAAAAUUGAUAGAAUUAAUACAUUUUUCAAAGAAUUUAAUUUAGAAUCUAUUAAACACAAGGAGUUUAGAGAUUUAGGUAUAAGUGAUCAAAAAUUGAUAUUAUUUAUCAGAUCAUUAAUUAGAAAUCCUGAUUUAUUAAUUCUAGAUGAAGCUUUAUCAGUUAUGGAUGAUGCUAGGAUUGAACAAUGUAAAGAAUUAUUAAGACAUUAUCCUGGUACAAUUUUAUCAAUUGGUCAUUUAGAUUCUGAAGUUCCAGAUACAGAUAGAUAUAUUAGACUUUUAGGACCUGGUAAAUAUGAAAUUGGAUUGAAAUAG